UUUACUCUGUGCGUCGGAUUCACGCGCUGAAUAAAGUCAAGUGAGCUCGCGCACCUCGCCUGGACGCGCACGCGGACACCCGAGAUUCACCGAACCUGAAAGCAGCACGAGCUCGCAGGAAGUUUCCCCGAAGCUGCUCAACAGGGUUUGUUUCCUCCUACCACUCCUUCUCAAGAGAGUAUGUGGCUCCUGGAGAAGAUCCGUGGCUCUGUGGAAGGCAACGUACUGCGUCAUCGCGACUCGGGUGACAACCAGUCCAAAGGGCCCACCCACAGCAAUGUGCUCACACCCGAUAAGAUCCCCGACUUCUUCAUCCCACCCAAGUUGGUGUGCUGCCCCCCAGAAGCCGAUACUCCAGAGAUGACGCCAAAGAACGGGCUGCACUCCUCCACAUCCGAGCAGAUCAUCUGCAGCAAGACGCCUCAGGGUGGCUCACGCAGCCCACGCCUCAUCUGCAAGCUCACUGGAGACACCAAGAACCUGCUCAAGGCUGCCAACCGCCACAUAAUCCAGAUCGAGAGUGCCGAUGACUUAGCAGCAGGUGACAUUGGUGAUCUCACCACCAAUGCUGACCCUCAGUCCCAAACCGCCAUGUCCUUGCCUUAUGUACCCAAAGCGCAGACCUCGUAUGGCUUUACCACUUUGAUGGAGAGCCCUCACACACGGCGCAAGGAGUCGCUAUUCCACAGUGACCCCACCAGCCCGCUCACAUCCCCCAGUGCUCAGCGCAAGACACAAGGCAACAGCAACCACCUCAACCCAGGUGACUGCAAUACCUCACACUCCAACCCAUAUCGCUACUUCAGUGGAGGUGAAAGUGACACGUGCUCCUCAGCAGAGUCAUCACCGUUCGGAUCACCCUUGCUUUCAAGGUCGGCCUCGCUUCUCCGAAUGUUCACCCAUGAGACUCAGGCUAAAGUAUCACGUGCUAAGCGCUCAUUUGCCCGUCACAGCUCUCUCUCGACGGACGAUUGCAGCUCGGUGGAGAACAGCCCCAAUAUUCAGCGGCGUUUCAGAUGUCCGCCAUCACCUGCAUUCGGAAGCCGUAAAGCAGGCGCCAGCAUUGACCGCCUCACCCAGCACACCGUCAAACUGCACAAAGGAGGAAUGCUGCGUCUGUGCACAGACUACGACACACAGGCAGCACGGCUCCGGGUACGCGUGCUUGCCGCUGAAGACCUCUACGAUAAGCAUGUCGACGUGAAGAGCAUCAACUGCUGUGUGUCACUCUACCUGAACCCAGGCAAGCUGCAGAAGCAGAGAAGCAACAUCAUCAAAAACAGCCGCAAUCCCGUCUUCAAUGAGGACUUCUUCUUUGACUCCUUGCCUGCUGCACAGGUCAAGAACCUGGCGAUCAAGAUGAAGGUGGUAAACAAAGGCACCAGCCUGAAACGGGACACGUUGCUUGGGGAGAGGGAGGUUCCCCUUAAAGAUCUGCUGCAUGGUAUUUAGUGCCAACCACAACAGACUCCACUGUACAGGGAGUACAGUCAGCCUGGACUGAAUCCAGAGCAAACAAAGUGUCUACUGUGUCAGUGUUUUUCCUUCUUUCUUCCUGCUGCCAGAGAUGACCUUUUCAGUCUGAAGAUGGAGAGCGUGUUAUUGACCAGGGUUCUGUUUGUGCACAUGUUCUGUGUGUAUAUUCAGGGCGUGUCAGGAUUUUAACUGUACAUAAAGCUCGCUGUAAGUGUCCUUUCAAAAUUGUGUGUGGGUGUGUGAGUGUCUGGCUCACUAUGGCAACGCGUGUCUGUAGAAGCCAACUAACAUCUGUACAGCUGGUGAUGCAGCUGCUCUGCACUGUGCACAUGUACAAAGAGGCUUUGAAGUGCCACAGAGGCAGAUGCAAAUGCAUGCUUCAUAUCUGGUUUGAAAUUCUAAACUUGUGAGCGUUGACAAAGACUUUUGUAUUUGCUAUCACUGUAGUGCCAGACUUUCCCUCAUAAGCCUUUUCUUCAACCUUAUCACUGGAGCAUGCGAGUGAUCUUCUUGUUGAAUCGUUCUCACUUAUAGCCCUUUGGUUCUUUGUUAUAAUUCUGCUGAAUAGUUUUGUGAGACAAAUUCACCCUCCAAGCCUUACAAACGAGAAGCUGCACAGUCGACUGAUGCGUUGCAAAACGGACACCUUGUACAGCGCUAAUCAAUUGCCGCUGUAAAUAACUGCCUAUCACGUUGUACAUGUGUAUGACAGACUUACAGUAUACUUGAGUAUUUGCACAAAUAUCUUGGCAUGUUUGUUGAACUCUAUGCGUACGGCUGAGACAAACUUGCACACGUAAAUACAAAAGCUUUUUCUUACCACUUGGUCAACACGUUGGCUGUAACGGAACAGCGAAUGGUUUAAAGUAGUGCCAAUAUUUAUUUUACACGUUUUAUGGAGUUGGGAUUUAUAUUUUCCGUAGCCGUAAUGACUGUGUUCGCUGCAGCCAAUUAUAAUUCCUUGUUAUAAAUCAUCUUAAUAGCAUCAGUGUAAUGGGCCAAAAAUGGCCAGCGGUCCUUGUAAGCCUUCUUAUUUUUCAUUUACAGAGCCUUGAGAGCGCUCUGUAAUCUAAUUAGCAUUUAGGAUUCUCUGUAGUAUAGAACAAAUGAAAGCUACAGCCACUUUUGGCAGACUUCAAGAUUGUCCAGUAGAGAAUAGCACUUCUGGGCUGUUUUUUGUUUGUUUACUCAUCUCAUCUCAUCAUCUCUAGCCGCUUUAUCCUGUCCUACAGGGUCGCAGGCAAGCUGGAGCCUAUCCCAGCUGACUACGGGCGAAAGGCGGGGUACACCCUGGACAAGUCGCCAGGUCAUCACAGGGCUGACACAUAGACACAGACAACCAUUCACACCUACGCUCAAUUUAGAGUCACCAGUUAACCUAACCUGCAUGUCUUUGGACUGUGGGGGAAACCGGAGCACCCGGAGGAAACCCACACGGACACGGGGAGAACAUGCAAACUCCGCACAGAAAGGCCCUCGCCGGCCACGGGGCUCGAACCCGGACCUUCUUUGCUGUGAGGCGACAGCGCUAACCACUACACCACCGUGCCGCCCUUGUUUGUUUACUCUUUUUCAAAUUGAAUAUCUGACAAAUAACAUCAUUGUAGCUUGUUAAUUAUAAAUCUUAAGGGUGGGAACCGUUGGUCAGAACUAGAGAACAGUGGGAACUCGAGUCUGUCGUCAGACUGUAUUUUAUUUUACAUAAGGCUCAAUAAUUACACUCUGUAGAUUAGAAUCUGCAGGGACCAGGCCAUUUGAAACCCAUUUCCUGUUGCGUGUGUUUUUUUUUUUUUUCUCUCCGCGGAAUAAUUUUUACAUUGACAGAACGAAUCAUACAUUUCAUGGUCUAUUUUGAGCACUCAUUUGCAACAGUCAAAUUGCAGGUAUUAGAUUCCCUAUUAGCUUUACUUCAAUGGCAGGGACUGUGAUUAUCUACACAAGAAGUACAAUUACACAGGGGAGAAUGACUUCUGACUGCUUGAAAUCUCUCAAAUUAAAAUGGUUGAAAGAAGGCCCUGCACGCUUUUGGUGGAAGUGAAAAGACUCGGUGAGGGCAUUCGAUCGAUAUUCAUUUCAUUAUCUGUGUUUCCGUAGAUGAGAUUAAACCGUCUGGCGCUUGCAUUUAGAACCGAAUAUAAAAUAUGAAGUGCCUAUCCACUGAACUUGAUGCCUGUCCUUCUGUCUGUCAAGACGUACGCCUGUGUGUGUGUCUGAACUCCCUCUUCCCUUAUUACUGUGUGCAGAUGCAUUAUGAACACUACCUUUUAUUACCGAGUCCAAAUAGACGUACUGUAAUAUUGUACCUCCAAGUUAUAUUGUGUGGGUGUUUCUAUAUUUUCUAAUGCUGAACGUGGAUAUUGUUGGUUUUGAGUGGAUGCAUUCGUCAUUGUGGGCUUUUACUGUUUAUUGCACCAAGCCGAGAUUCCAGCGGUGACUUUGUACUUCACCCAGCUCUGUUUUCUGAAACUGUUUCCCUUUUAUUUCUCCUUUCCGAUUGUAAAGUGAAACAUGAUAUUAUUGACAUGUCUGUUUUGGUGCCUCGUUCAAUAAAAGUUGUG